UAAGAUGUUGACGGUACCGUUAAAAUCCACCAGAAGUCACCAUGAUUGGAUCGGACGACUCAGAGGCAUUCGCUGGAGCGAACAUGGAGUUUGACGACAGUGUUGUCCGCAGAUCCUUCAUGAGAAAGGUCUUCAGUAUUCUGAUGGUACAACUGGUGGUCACUAUUGGAAUCAUCGCCAUCUUCCUCUAUGUAGAUGAGGUGAACGAGUUUGCUAGAACGCACCACUGGAUGUACUAUGUGGCUCUUGGAGUCACGUUCGUGAUGAUCAUCACGCUUGCCUGCUGUCCUAACAUCAGGAGAAACUUCCCUGUCAACUUCAUCUGUCUCGCCAUCUUCACACUUGCAGAAGGCUAUCUUCUUGGAUCCAUCUCAGCGGCCUAUGGUGCAGAUGCUGUGAUGUGGGCAGCAGCCAUCACUGCUAUAGUGUCCCUGUCCCUCACUAUCUUUGCAUUGCAGACAAAGAUUGACUUCACUGUGAUGGGCGGCUGUCUGUUUGUGUUCCUGAUCGUGCUGUUGUGUUUUGGGAUCCUGUGUGCCAUCAUCCGCAACCAUUACGCCAACAUUGCGUAUUCAGCCUUGGGAGCUUUGCUGUUUGCUUUCUACUUGGUGUAUGAUAUACAGCUGAUGAUGGGAGGGAAGCACAAGUACUCCAUCUCACCUGAGGAGUACAUCUUUGCAGCCCUGAACCUGUACCUGGACAUCGUCAACAUGUUCCUCUAUAUCCUCUACCUGGUUAGCGCGGCCAAAAACGGUUAAAGAUGGACAAAACAUUCUUUUACCCAGUAGCCUGGUUUCCAAACCCCAGCCCGAUCUCAAGUAUCUAUCGUGCAUGAGUCUGGCCGGAUGGCAUAGGCCUGCUUCUCAAUUUUUCCCCUUAUAGUGGGCAAAAAACUCCACCAAUAGAACAGCACAGGAUCAGCAGGAGGUUAUUACACCCCUGCCAUGAUUGGUUAAAGACCCCCAACUGUAUUUUUUA